CACAGUUUCACUUUGAAAAUCCCUGUGGACUGUUGUAGAUUGUGCAAUCCUAAAAGCCCGCCCAGUUCAGUUUAAGUUGUUAAGUUAUACUUGACUUCCUAAAAGUGAAAGUGGGUUAGACUUUUUCCAACUCUUCAACCUCAACAAGCAAACGUGUAGCCAUCUAGUCAGAAUAAGAAAUGACAGCAACUGAACUCCAAGGAAACACACAGACAGGAAGACCUCGAAGAGCAAUGGGUCUCUUUAACAAUAUCAAGUUUUUUGUAUUGUGUCAUGGAAUGCUACAGCUCGCACAGCUACUGGUGUCUGGAUAUCUAAAGGGCUCCAUAACCACUAUUGAAAGAAGAUAUGGAUUUUCAAGUCAAAAAUCAGGACUGCUGGCAGCAUUCAAUGAGGUGGGGAAUACACUUCUUAUCGUGUUUGUGAGUUUCUUUGGCAGCAGGGUUCAUCGGCCGAGAUGUAUUGGAAUUGGAGCACUGAUCGCAAGUGUGGGAGUGUUCCUAAUAGCAUUGCCGCACUUCAUUAGGACAAAGUAUGAAUAUACAGACUCCAAUGACAAUACCAAAGAGAAUAGGUCUGGCCUUUGCCAAUCAGAGAGCAUUUUCCAAAGGAAAAUGGAAGUGUCUAAUCAGAUAUGUGAUCAAGAAAAGACUAAUGCUCACCUAGGGGUGUAUCCAAUACUUCUAUUGGGCCAGUUACUUUUUGGGAUUGGCGGAGUCCCCAUACAACCUUUUGGGAUUUCCUACAUCGAUGAUUAUGCUAAAAAGAGGAAUUCACCCUUCUACUUAGGCAUACUUUUUGCAGUGACAGUAAUAGGGCCAGCAUUUGGCUACAUGAUGGCAUCUCUUCUGCUUAGUUUCUAUGUUGACAUUGACAAGAUGUCUUUUGAUAAAAUACCUUUGAAAAAUGAUGACCCCAGAUGGGUUGGAGCUUGGUGGUUGGGAUUCAUUGUGGCUGGCACCCUCCUCUUCCUGACAUCUUUGCCAUACCUGUUUUUCCCUAGAAAGAUGUUCAAAGAGGAAAUUGCAGAGGUCCCAGUGGAACAAUCAUCUGAGAAAAUGUUGGAGAAGACACCAAGAACUGAUGCAGUAACUGAAGUGUCUCUCAAUCAGUUCCUAAAAAGCUUCCCCAAAAUUGUAAUGAGAACUCUGCGGAACCCAAUUUACUUGUUGGUUGUGUUGGCUCAGGUGAAUCUUGCUGCCAUGGUGGCUGGACUGGCCACUUUUAUGGCCAAAUUCAUAGAGAGGCAGUUCACACAGACUGCCGCCUUCUCCACCAUGAUGAUAGGUGGUUUAAAUAUUCCCUCAGCCAUGCUGGGCAUUAUGGCUGGAGGGGUAAUAAUGCGCAGGUUGAGUUUGUCUGUAAGAUCCUCAGCUGCGAUGUGUACUUUAGCGGUUCUCAUUAGCAUAUUCUUCGCAAUUCCACUUCUUUUCCUUGGCUGCCCAACACAAAGCAUCUCUGGCAUCAACCAUGCUGGAAAUGGAACUCAGCAAUGCAUCAAUUCAUGUCACUGCUCCAAUGAGGCCUUCAACCCUGUAUGUGGCUCAGAUGGAGUGGAGUUUCAAUCUCCCUGUCAUGCAGGAUGUAUGACAGAAAUAUACAGUACAGGCAAAGUCUUGAACUACACAGAUUGUGACUGUGUGUCAUCAAGUGGCUCUCCGGGCUUUGCAUUACCAGGAAAAUGCAGAAGUGGCUGUGCCAAUCAUCUCAUCCCCUUCAUGAUCCUCUCCUCCAUCACAUGCUUUGUGGCUUCACUCUCUCAUACUACAUCUUUCAUGAUGAUCCUCAGGACUGUGACACCAGAAGACAAGUCUUUUGCCUUGGGAAUCCAGUUCAUGCUGUUUAGAGUGCUUGCAUUCCUCCCAGCACCGGUGUUGUAUGGCAGUGCCAUUGAUUCCACCUGCAUUGAAUGGGGAAAGAAAUGUGGCAAGGACACAUCAUGUAGCUACUACAAUUUAGACCUUUUCAGACACAGAUUCCUGGGACUCCAGAUUUUCUUUAUAUUUGGUGGCUUUGUCUGUUUCCUGCUGUCUUUUCUGGUGCUUCGACAGAAAAAUUCAACCAAGCAACUGAAUGAGCAGAUGAAGAGUCAGACCAAAAGUGAAAGCAUCCCAGAAAUGAAAGAUGCCAAACAGUCAUUCGGCAAUUCAGAUGGACACUGCAGUAUACAAAAAUGUCCCUAGAGAGUAAAGACAGAAUUAGAUAGAAGGAUGGGAAUGUCCAUUUGUAGGGAUGAAAUGAGUAAGGCAUAAGAAACCUUGUGAUCGGUUUCUCUGCUUUUCUUAAUAACAGCCUGACUAUGUGCAGCUGCUUACGCUUAAACAGGGCAAGUUUAAGACACUAUAUGAAACCAAACUGUGAGUUUGCUAAUUUCUAUUAACAGCGUCAUCCUUAAGAAAUAAUAAUGCUGGGAAUCAUAGUUCUUCUUCCAAAAGCACGAGUGACCACUAUAGAAAACUUAUUAUUGUGUUUGUAUAACACAUCUUCUCCAGUAAGCCUUUUCCUUUACUUUACUUGUGAGUUUAUAUGGUUUGUGAAUCACAAUGAGUGUGCUGGGAGUUAAUGUGAUACUCAGUUGAGUUUAAACCAAGUAAGGACAAGGAUAUGGAUAUAGUAUAUGGACAGUCUAUAUGUAUAUGGAUAUAGACUGAAUAUCUGUCAUUUUGGUGACCUUUUCUUUUCCCAAUUAGUAUUAAUGUGAUGUUUUAUAACUGUGAUGACAAAGCUGUUCAGUUAUGAUUCUUUAUGCUGAGGUGAAUGCACACAUAUAGAGGCAUUCUUUUUGGUUUCAGUUUAUUUGAAAUAUUUUAGAUCUGUAUCCUUUGUGAGAAAGAUGUAUUCAUUUUUGUGCACCUGCCACUUUUUUAUAUUUCAAUUGUAAUUUUGUAUCAGAGCAUGUGAGCGAAGCGGAGCUGUGUGACACUCCACUCAAUUACCCACUCCAUGCGCAUGCGCUCUACUCAAGUACCGCUCACGCUCACUGGUAAAAAAAAGUUCCUUAAAUCCCACUCCGACAUGAAAUUUCCCGAGCAACUGCCCCUUUACCCACAUGGGCUGAAGUGCCCCUGUGGGUGAAAUAUAGGCUAGGCUAUAGGCUGACAUUUAUUAAAUUAUCAAAUGCUUAGUAACAUACACAUCUGAAAUCAUGGGAUUGAAUUGUUGUGUUUUAGUAUAUAAAAUCUCGCUGUUUAUUUUGUAAUGGUUUACAACGGCUGUUAGAUAAUUGGGUCUACCAGACCUUCGUUAUCAUUUGUAAUCAGUCAAAUAUUUCUCUGUUAGCACAUAUGCCCUUGAACAUCUUCAAAUAAUGCCUUAAACUUUUUUCAGGUCUAAAUUACCUUUAUUUACUUAACAAGUCAUCAAACAUAACUCUACAAGUGAUACAAAUAUGUGCGGUGGCACGGAAACUUGUAUACGCACAAAUUCGCGCUUUUCAGUUUAAACUAGACCUGAGUGACACAACCAACCCAGAAAAACACAAUCUUUUCAACUUUAAAGUUUGUUCGAGUUGUUUAUGGCAAUAAUAAAAAUAUGAACUGUUUCAUGUUUUCAAUACAAGUGAAAUUUAUAAUUGUUCUUCAGUUGUCUCCAUGGAAAGAUUAUUAGGCCACUGUAGAUUUGGUACAUUAAUAGGUUAAUGAUUUAAUGCUAUCAGACUUUAGGUCUGUAAAUUAAAAUGAGCAAUAUCUCAUCCUAAUUUGGUAUCCAGCUUUAAAGGGCAUAUUAGGCAACCCAGUCUCAUGUAAAUUUGUUCAUAUUUUACUAGUUGGCUAUUUUGUAUACUUUCAUACGAGUUCGAUCGUAUGAAUUUUAACCGGAUGUAUAAUGUGGAAGUGCGAGUUUCGCGCACGAGAAGUUAAGGACAUGCUUACUUAUAUUAUGCCCUUACCCAAACCCUUAUCUAAACCUAACCGAUCAGUAGAGUGUGUAAUCAUGAUAGGAAGCUGUUGUGUGUGACAGAAGCAAGUAAUUGUCACUUAUUAGAUGAAAACGAUGUCCAGCGAUGUCACUGGCUGUAGUGAAAGUUGUACGAAUUCAUACGAGUGCAGUCGUACGAUAUCAUACGAAUUAGCCAAGUUUAGAAAAGUCGUAUGAAUCCUUACAAUUUUGCCGUGAGAGUGUGUAGCAUUAAGUUAUCCAGAAAAGAGCAGUGAAUGUUUUUCUCUUUUUCAGUAUUGUUGCUUGAUUAAUAUUCCAAUAUUAUGCAAUCUAAAGGACUGUGGUUAAUUAUAUAAUAAUUAUUAUAUUAGUAGAUACCAUGUGCCCCCUUUGUUUUUCCUUGAUAUUUUUAAAGCAGCAUAAAUUGAAUCUGGACUUUAUAUGCAUCAAACGAUCAUGCGUUAUGCUUGCGCUCUUUAUAUGUACAGCAGGGUUUAACCAUAGCUGCAAAUUAGGACACACUGAUCUGCAAGAUCAUACAUGUUAAUUCGUUUUGAUGCAGGGAUUUUUUGUGUGUUCACUGGGAUUCAAGGAAAUCUGCUCUGCCAAUAUACAGUAUUAUUAAGCUUAGCCUACAUAUUCAAUUGAGGGUGCUCUAACGUUCGCAACCCCGCAGAACUGGGCCUGCAUUUAGCUGGCAGCUGCACUGACAUGAUUACAAAACAACAAGAUACCUUACCUUACUUUAUUAAUUUAAUAUCGAAUAGUAGUGUAUCUUACUAGCUCACCUUUUGCUGCACUACCAUGUUCGUGUAGCACACCCUCAUGCUUUCUGGCAAUGUGAUGAAUUUCAAAAGGAAUCUUUGCUAACUCUCACAGUCUCUACACACUCCCUUUCGAUUUCCUCGUUCUUAACUUUGAUUUAUACUUUGCAUUUAUGUUGGCCAUAAGGUUUUCAGUGUCUCUAAAACAAUGUUUGAACUCCCUCAGGCCUAUUGCUUAUUUUGCAAGUUCCCAAACCAGCAUAUCACGAAGCGCAUUCUGGGUUGAGCGAGUGGCACUGAGCGGCCUGAGCGAGCGAAGCGGAAUCUUCAAAAUGGUGCUCUCCACUCAGGUUGAAUUAUCACCGCUCCGCUCACAUGCUCUGUUUGAUUCAUGUAUGGAUAACCAGUCACAUUAUUGUAUGUUUGAUAUACCUUAAAUGUAUCAUCUACAGCAUUGACCUAUUUGUUUAAUCAACUAUGUUUUUUAAUCACUUUUGUAAGUGCAGUGUUUUUAUAUCACUUUGAAAUGUUCUGCUAGAGUUUAGUCUUGAUUGAAAAUACAAAUUUCAGUUUUUGUAAAUGGA